AGUUAUUAGAUUAUUCUGGAAUUUCCCUAGAUAAUAAGUUUCAUCGAAAUAUUCCAAAUGUUUAGAAUAAUACCAAAUUGCAAAAUAAAUCACUUAAAGCUCUAGUAGGUUUGAAUUGAAUUUUUAUUUUUAAGCAUAAAAGAAAAAAAAAAGAAAUCAGCUUAGAGCUUAGUGGCAAGAGUUUAUGUGUGUUAGUGGCAUAUGUGUAUGUACAUUACAAGAAGAAUCCAACACACAAAGUAAAGUUAGUUUUUUACUUAAAAACAUUGUUGAUAGAGUACACAAACAAAACAUGAUUUGUAAAUUAUUAAAUAAUGUCUGAUUCAACUGAAGGAUUAUAAGCUUAAAAAUACUCAUGUUUAUACCUUAGUGUGAGAAGUAAAUUUCUAAAUAAGUUCUACAAGAUCGUAUAAUUUAAUUUUGGAUUAGAUUAUUUUCUAUAAUCAAUUCAUCAAGCAAAGACGCUUUCUUCAUGUGACCUCAUGCAUCAAAAACUCAAUGCUCAAAGAAAAAAAAAGAAAUUUUUUUCGUUCUGAUACUAAAAGUUUUUAAAACAUCAUAAAUUGUUCCAAUUAACUCAAAUAUCUAAUUACCAAAAUUUUACUGAAUUGAGAAGUGAAAACAAUCAAGAGCAGAUAUGGUGCAUCAAAAGUUACAGUUGUUUGAGCUAUUUUUCGUCACUGCUAUUUUUUUGGAAUUUCCCAAAGAUAAAUUUGUUGAACCCAGAUCGUUAGAAGUAUCAACAGUGGAAAAUGAUAAUUCGACGAUAGCACCAUUGACAACCACUGCGCAACACAAGGAUGUAAUUGUUCAACAGUUGAUUUCUGCUUCACCUACAGUUCCUACAGUACCAGUAAGCGUAACAGAUAAUUCUUCGUCUGUUGAGAGUUCUAUUGAAGCUCAGGACUUUCGAGAGAAAUACAGUUAUUCUUCCGGACCCAAAAGAAACCAAUCUCUGUAUGAUGAACUUAAAUCGACAUCUCCUCUUGACCAAACAUCUUCACCUUUUGAAACUUCAUUGGAAUUUAUAAAAUUUGAAAACUUAGCAAUUGGAAGUAACAGCGAAGACACCACCUCUGAAGAAUCUAUAGAAUCAAAAUUUCGAGAAGACGAAAAAGGGUUUAGGAACAAUGCAUCUACCGAAGUACGACAUGUUGUUGAUGAAGGAAUUUUCGAUGGAGUAGCUGUUAAAUAUAGUUCAAUGAUAAUUAAAACUACUGAAAAGCCAGAUCCUGUUAUACAUGAAAAAGAAAAUUUAAAUGCAACUAAAAUUCCUUUUAUCGAAAUGAUCACAACUAAGAAAGCUAAAAGUAUUGAAAUAAAUCCUCAAACUGACGGAAAUAUCAACACAUCAAUUCCAAUUACCUCAGAAGUCUGGGCUUUAGCUGGAAUGAGAAACAAUGAGCAAGGGAAAGACAAAAAUCGAAAUUCGAGUGCAGUGAUAUCAAAUCCAAAUCACAACUCCACCGCUAAGAACUUACUUGAUUGGAGUGAAAUUACAAAAAUGACUGCUAUGAAACCUGAAAACGAGGAUGAAAAUGCUUCAAUAAGUAAAACAACUCUUGUAGAUUAUGUCGGUGGAAUUGAGGAUUUAUCGAAAUCUGAAAACAAAGAAGAUUUAUUAGUGUCACCAUCAUUUGCCCGAAUGGCAUCAACACAUAAGCCUCUUGUAAAAGAUGUCAGAAUCGAACUUGAUAAUACUCAUACAGAAUUUGCGGGCACCAAUAAAAGUUUCUCGCCAAAUUCACGUCUUGAUGUAGAUGAGUUUAGCAAAACUCUUGAUGAAAGCGAAGACAGUGCGAUAGAUUUGGUAGACUCUUUAAAUAAAUUUCAAUCAAAGAAUAAAGAAGAAAAUAUCCAGGAGGAAGAAACGAACGAGAUGUUGCCUACUACUACUUCCAAUGAGAAUUUAUCCACAGAUAAUACUUACAUUGAAACAUCAUCAAUGAUUGAUAGUGAAGCUACUACGAGUAGUGUUGAUUCAUUUACUGAAAUGGCUGAAACCGGAAGGGAAGACGAAUCAGAUAGUGCACUUAAAAUGACAACUACAGAAAAUUCCAUACAUACCAUUGAACCAUUUACAGAAAGAGUAGUUACCACUCAAUACCCUGAGACUACAACUUUCGUUGAAAUAACCGAAUUAGAAACAACACGUGAUAUUCAGACUUCUCCAACAAAAUCUAUCUCUACCAGAUUAGCAUCCAAAACUGAAUUUCCAAAAACUUAUACAAAUCCUUUUGUUGACAAUGAAAGUUUCAGCUCAACUCUUAUUCCCAGAUUUAUUACAACUAAAACAACUUCAACAACUGAAAAGGAGAAACCAAGAUACACUGAAAUGAUGGCUACUGUUGAAACAACAUACGCUGAUGACAAAUUUAAGUAUGGAACAUUAUUACCAUUAGCUACAUCAGCUGACACAAUAGAAACAGUUGUGGAAAUGCAAAAAACGACUAUCAAAACGUCUACAUUAAGUUCGGAAAGUUUCAACAAAGAAAGCUUAGACGGUGAACAGUCUAAUGAUAGCAGGGGUCACUUAGGACUAAUUUCAGCAUCCAUUAGUGUUGUUGCUAUAGUCAUAAUUGCUGGCAUCAUUUAUUUUAUAAUGAAACAACGAAAUAAACAAAAGUUCAGCCAGAGAUGUCGACCGGUGGGAUUAGAUGCAUACAGUCUGGAUAAUGUUUCAGUCUAUAACAGUGUGCGACGAAAAGCCAAUGCCUUAAGAUUAUCAAAACGAUCUUACGGGAAUUCGGCAUUUGAAGAUCCGAGUCUUCAAAGCAAUGUUUUGGAUUAUCAAUCUCUUCAAAACUUCAUUAAAAAUAAAAUAACUAUUCAUAAUGAGUUUAAAGAGAUUCCUCAAAUAACCGUUCGAAUCGAUGAAGUGCCCGAAAAUUGCGAAGAUAAAAAUCGUUAUGCAAAUAUCAUUCCAUUACCUGAAACUCGUGUUAUCUUAAAACGACUUGGCGAUGACGAAAAAAGUGAAUACAUCAAUGCAAAUUAUGUGAAAGGUCCAAAAGAUAACAACAAUUAUUAUAUUGCAACGCAAGCACCAAUUGAGAAUACUGUUACCGAUUUUUGGCGAAUGAUUUGGGAGCAGAACUCGAAAGUCAUUAUAAUGGCAACUGAUCUGUCUGAGAAUGGAGUCGAGAGAUGCGCUGAAUAUAUUCCAGCAUCAGUCGUACUUGAUAAUUCUUUAACAUUUGGUGAUUUCAUUGUGACACUAAAAAGUAGAGAAGUGAAGGAAAAAUAUGCAAUAUCUCAGUUGCACUUGAAAAACAUGGAGAGCAAUACGUGGAGGGAAAUAAUACAUCUCUGGUAUUCAUGGCCCGAAAGUGGUUGUCCCACAGAACCUACAAGUAUCAUAAAUCUUUUAAUAGAUGCAAGAAAUUUCCUUCGAACAACAUUACCAGAACAUCUCGAUGAAAAUAGUAAUUCUGAUGAGAAAACGUCAAGCGGUAGAGAAAAUCUUUCGACUCUAGAUAAGACAAAGUCACUUCAAAGAACGCAAGGACCAUUAACAGUACAUUGUAGCCCGGGUACUGGGAGAACUGGAACAAUCAUAGCUUGUGAUAUUAUCCUAAGGAUGCUUGACACUCCGCCUAAGCAAAUUGAUAUUCCUCAAAUAGUUUAUUCCAUUCGACGAGGACGAGCAAAUGCUGUACGUACUAAAGAUCAAUAUGAAUUCUUAUAUGAAAUCGCAAACGUACCAUUAACAGUACAUUGUAGCCCGGGUACUGGGAGAACUGGAACAAUCAUAGCUUGUGAUAUUAUCCUAAGGAUGCUUGACACUCCGCCUAAGCAAAUUGAUAUUCCUCAAAUAGUUUAUUCCAUUCGACGAGGACGAGCAAAUGCUGUACGUACUAAAGAUCAAUAUGAAUUCUUAUAUGAAAUCGCAAACGUGUAUGCAACAAAAUAUAUUUCUGUAACAGCAGAAACAUAAAUAAUCAGGAAUCAUAAGUACGUUUAGAUUUGUCCGUUCUCAUUAACUUCCCUAAUGUAUCAGUAUCAAAUAUUAUUAUAAUUAUAGUUAAUUCAUGUUAUGAUUGAACAUAAAGUUAUUAAGUAUUUGUCAAUAUUCUUUUCAUCAUUCAGAAUGUAAAGACUUCUUAUUUACAUACAUUUUCAAUUUUAAUGUCUUACUCUUGUGCGAAAGAAAUAUUGUGAUAAAUUUACCUUUAAUAUGCAAACUGUCACUCAGUACAUAAGUCGUUGACAUUUACGAUUUACAAAAAUAAAUAUUUUAUAUUGUAACGAUUACACAUGUAGAUAAGUAUAAAGCUAAUGUCAAAAUAUUGUUAAAUGUUCCAAAUAUCAGAAACCUAUAUCUUUUAUAUAAAUAAAUGAGUGCAUCUGUUAUCCAGGCAAAAUAUUUAAGAAACAUUUAUAUAUUUACACAUUUGUUAAACCUUUAUAAGAUAAUUAAAACAUCUAUCGCAAAA